CUAUAAGCUCUCAAGCUGCUAUCAGAUAUGGAGGAUUCUGAAAGAGAUGAAGAACAUAUGGUCCACAUGGGAAUGGAUUGCUGGAUUACUAAACCUGGACCACCGGCAUGCAUAAAAGUGUGGGUAAUGAUGCAUAUGCCGAUGAAAUCCGUCUACAAUGAUCUCGACAGUUCUGUAACUAGUGUGAGUGGUCUACUGGACUCUGUUAUCAAUAUUUGUAAUGGAUACAAGGAUGUGUUUAUACCGACUAAAAGAGACCAACAAACUGCAGAGCAGUACACAGCUUUCACUACGUGGCUUCUGGGUAGACUUUUCUACCUCAUGUCUUCGUCUGCUCUGUCGUCGAAGCUGAACUUGUGUGCGGCCGCUCAGAUAUCGAUUCUCCAGUUACUGGAGAGGCAUCGCUGCUCUGUGUUCAUCUCCAUCAUUGAUGAAUAUCUGAAUUGUUUAUCGGAUAUCACUCUCGUUCAAAACUUGGAUCAGAACACAGAAACACUUUUUGUUCUGAAGAGAUUUGUGCCUAAGAGCAAUGACGUGUUGGAAGAGCAGUUGGAUCUCUCUCAGUUUCAAGUUGUCAUCUCAGAUUCUUUGGACACGUGCGUCAGGUUUCAGACUGUAGUGCUACAGGUCCUGUCUUCAUUUCUCAGCAGUGUAAUGGAAUAUGAUCGUUCAAUUUAUAACAAGCUUUGGGCCGCACUGUCUGAUGUUUUGACUGUUGCACCUCUCAAAAUCAAAUCCCAGGCAUUUAAGCUAGCUGCGAAUAUAUUAAAGAAGGUUGGAUUCACAAUGGAUGUGAAGGUAAUACAUAAUAGUGAUAAUGGUAGUUCACCUUUGGACGUUCCCUUUUAG